CGUGGCGGCCUACGAAGUGGCUAGUUGAGUUUGAAAAUUCGCAACCGUCGGUAGCAUCUUGUUUGAAUGCUUCCCGUUUUGCGUCCUGCUAUGUGUAUGUGUGUAUGUGUGGGUUUUAGUUUUUUUUAUUUGACCCUUCGCUCCAAGUAGUCUGUUUUGCAGAAUCCCUCCCGGACGGGGCAACCACGUUCAAAGCCUACAUAUUGAUGAUACAAAAAAUAGGAAAAGUUUUGGUGGAUAAAUUUGUGCGAUUUUCCAGUGUAGUUAUGCUACGUGAUUGUGAUUACGCGUAAAAGUUUUUCCAAUUCAAAAACAACUAGCCGCGGUGAUCACUGAACUGAACACCUGUUAGUUUCAUUAUACAAUCAGAGUGAAAAUAGUGUGUUGACUAAUGGUGAAUUCACGCUACUCAGUGCUUUUCCUGUUCGUUUGAUUACUGUAAGCCGCUUUUCGUUCGUGGAAAUAAUGUGUGAUAAAGGUGUAAAUUCAAUGAUAAUAACGAAAAAAGCAUCGAAACAACGUUAGAGUGAAUCUGUUACGCACAUUUUUAUCGUUAUAAUUGUUAACAUAUGUGACGCGUUACGUUUGCUGUUGAAAAGUGUAAGUAAGGAAAGAAAAAAUGUUUUCCUGCUGCCGCUGUAUGAACCCCCAAUCUCCAAAAUAUAAAAGAAAACAUGGCAAAGAAGAUGAUUUCGCUAGUCAAAAUUCCAACGAACCCUGUAUCGAAGACAAUCCGUCUAGCGAGGAAGAAAUCAAAGUGGAAAUUAUUGAAACGGAAGCCAAAUCCCUAACACAAGAGACAGACGAGAAGGAAUCCGCAGAAGUCGUACAAGACUCACCUGAAACUGAACCCUCAUUACCGGAUCCCAUAGAAAUUCCGAUCGAAAAUGUCGAUGAAAGCAAUGAACCCCUGGACAGCCCAAAGGCGUUGUCAAAUAAAAGCUCAACGUCAAGUGAGCAUCAAAAAUCAACCACUGAACCUUCGGCAGCACUUCAGAAGGAUGAACCCGUUUGUGUCAAGAACGAAACAGAUUCAAUGCCGAACGAAACUCCCACCACCGUCGCCGAAACGGUUGAAAUAACCGAAACCGUCACUGCCACUGAAAGCAGCAGGAGUGAAAUUAAUCACGAGACGUGUAAUAUAAUAAUGGAGCCAAUGACGGAUUCCGCAAACAGUCCGGUUAAAAGUGACGCAGUGUUUGAAGAAAAACGGACGGACGAAAAAAAUGAUGAAUCAAGUUCAUCAGGUACAGACAACAUCCCGUCCGAAAGUCUGGAACCCGUUUCGGAAAUUGAAAUUCUCCCAACGCCCAUUCAACAACCGGUGGAUAUUCAAUCGGAAGUGGAUGAGGACCUUAACGAACGUGUUUCUGAUUUAGAGAAAAUCCAGCGCUUGAAAAGUGAUACCAGCAACAGUCAAGCUACGGUCGAAGAAACAAUCGAUAUUCAUCGUUACUUGCCAAACAAUGAUUCCUGCGAAGAAGAGUUGAAACACAACAAUGAUGCUAGUGAUAGCGGUAGCAAUAAUAGUGAUUUGUGUAGUGACUGCAAUCAUGUGCCUAAGACAGCUCCCGAUAAUGUUGUAGAUGAUGAACAGGAGCAGGAAAAACUCGCUGCUAUUACCUGUAGUGUUGUAUCGGACAACGGGGCAGACAGUAGCCCUCCAAGUGAUUGGAAACCGAACGACACUUGCCCAUCGCCCAGUAGGAAAGAGUCGGCUAACAGUGACGACACGAGUAUUCGGACGCAACUGUCGUUCCGCGAAAGUUGUUUGUCUCGCCGUUCCUCGUCAAAGUCGUCCAUUAAGAAAAAGGUGGUCUACAACGAUACGACCGAAAUUAUCCCACCACCGGAUUAUUUGGUAACCGCGAACGACGACGAUGAGGUAUUUUCCGAUUCGAUACCCCCUAGACUACCACGAGGUAAUAUGUGUGCUCCAUAUGGUACUAAACGGGGCUCCAUUCCCGGUUUGGUUGCGCUUCCGGACUGGUUUGCCGAAGAUAGAUUGAUGAUGGAGGAGGGUGGAAUCAUGGAACCACCCACAACGCCAAUCGGCCGUGACGAGUUGGCUCUGCGACGACAUCGCUUCUUCUCGGACCUGUUAAAUGCGGCGCAGGCCGCCGUCGAGCAUCGGGUGCGCUUCGAUCCGUUUGUGACAAAGGAAGACCAGGCGUAUGAACCAGAUUGUGAUCCUGAAUUGAAACCUUCAUCCGCCCGCGAACUAGAACACCUCAUCGAUCGUUUGGAGCGCAUAGUAGAUCGGUUGGAACGUACGGUAUCUGCUAAGGAGUUGGAAGAAACACGACGCAUCUUGAAGGACGUGUGUCACACCGGGAAAUUGGUCGUGUCACACCGGGAAUUGGGUUCUGACUCUAAUCCAGCGGAAAUCGUCAACGCCAAAGAGGACGAUAAAUUGCUCGAGUCGGCAUCGAAUAACGAUUUACCAACUGUUCUUCCAUCGACUCCACCGCCUUCCGCUUCCUAUCUGCAUCAACAAUUGGACAGUCUCGAGGCGACACUUUUCCCCGAACUGAACUCUGGUGAACCAGCCGCGUCAAGCGUCAAGGAACAGUCUGCUGUCGAACACUCGAUAGACACCCUACCCACAGUAAUUUCGCAAGUAGUAUUAGAUAAUUCAAAUAGUAGUAAUAACAGUAACGAUCAAGAGCAAAAUUCAGUAUUAGAAUCGAUUGACUUCUUACCAUUGGACAACGAUCUCGACUUUUCCGGAAAGCUAGCUGGAAAAUCUAACAACAUGAGUGUGAAUGCAUAUGAAGACAUCAUUUUGGGGUCGUUAGCCAACUUCCUUGCGCUGUCCAACAAGAUUGGAGGGGAUGUCGCUACCCAGGCAGAGCUUGUGAAACAGGCUUUCAACGUCCAGUUUUCGUUCGUGCAAACUGCUGCCAAAUCCAGUGCUCCGUCUAACAGCGAAUUACAAAGUCUGCUCAAACCGACCUCAGAUCAAAUAGCAGCCAUCCAGAACUACCGUGAAAAGCAUCGUACUUCGCCCUUCUUCAACCAUCUAUCCGCAAUCAGUGAAAGUAUUUCGGCAUUAGGAUGGGUUUGUGUGGCACCUACUCCUGGACCAUAUGUAAAAGAGAUGAACGAUGCGGGCCAGUUUUACACGAACCGUGUACUGAAGGAUUGGAAGGAAAAGGACACCACCCAUGUGGAAUGGGCUCGCGCGUGGAUUCAAACACUGACCGAACUACAGCAAUUCAUUAAGCAGCAUCAUACUACAGGUCUGGUGUGGGCUGGAAAAAAUAAACCGACGGUGGGUGGUGCAGCUGCUCCACCACCGCCACCACCGGGCGGUCUGCCGCCACCACCCCCGAUGAUGCCACUCGGUGACUUAACCGCUGGGUGUGGUGCUGGCGACGAAAGAAGUGCGCUCUUCGCUCAAAUUAAUCAAGGAGAAGAUAUAACUAAGGGAUUGAAAAAAGUAACCUCUGACAUGCAGACACACAAAAAUCCCGGACUCCGUUCUGGUCCAGCUCCUUAUAAAGCCCCAACUGGCAUCAGCAAUGGGACUAAAUCGGUUUCAGCUCCAGCAGCUCCCGUUUCCAAACCUCCCAGCUUCACUCGUGAUGGUAAAAAAUGGUUGAUAGAAUAUCAGAAAGGCAAUUCGAAUCUAGUGGUUGAGGAUGCCGAAAUGAACAAUGUGGUAUACAUGUUUAAGUGCGAAAACUCGACCCUAGUGAUCAAAGGAAAAAUUAACAGUGUCGUGAUGGAUUCGUGUAAAAAAUGUUCUCUUGUUUUCGACUCUUUAGUAGCAUCAGCAGAGUUUGUGAACUGCCAAAGCGUACAAAUGCAGGUGCUGGGCAAAGUACCAACCAUUUCUAUUGAUAAGACUGAUGGAUGCCAAAUGUAUCUGUCUGCUGACUCAUUGGAUGUUGAAAUUGUCAGUUCCAAAUCUUCGGAAAUGAAUGUUAUGAUUCCAAAAGGAUCUAGCGGAGAUUAUAGCGAACAACCUAUUCCGGAGCAAUUCAAGACUAUAGUCAGGGGUCAAAGUUUAAAUACCACUUGCGUAGAAAGUCUUGGCUAAGGAGAACGAGUAUGCAUGCCAAGUUAUUACUUAGAACUUUUCAAUCAGAAAGUAUCCCAAAUAGCGACAAAAUCCAAUAUCAUUUCAAAGCAACUAACGAGUAGAAACGAACAGAAAAGCGAAUUUUUAUACAUGAUCUAGGGAAUCUAAAGCUCACUAAACGUCAUACAUCCUCAUCUCUGACGCUGUCACUAGUCAUAUUUUUUUUGAUUUCCAACAAAGAAAGUUCUUUUUAGUAUUUGAAAGUAUCCCUGUCCUAUUUAACAAAAGCAAAUUAGAGUUUGUUUUAAAAUGCAUUUAAAAUCCUAAAUAAUGUUGCAAUUUUCCAACAGUAAUAGAUACAAGCAAUUUGAUAACAAAUAAAAUGUCUUUAUUAAAGUUGAGCCCACUUCUUUCGUCGUUAAAGCAAAACAACUUGCAAUAUAAGUAGAGGAAUUUUUCUGCCUUAUUUUAUCUUAUCUCCGUUAUAUUUUCAAUGCUUCACUUCAAUCUAACAUUACAUCCACUGUACUGAGCGCAGGAUGGAGUAUUAAUUUUUGAUCCUUCAUGAGAACUACUACAGCUUCUUGAAAAUGUUGUACUGCUUCAUACUUUAGAAACCGUAUAGAACAUUCAUACAUACCUACAUAAAUACAUAUGACCCUAAUGUAGCUAACCGAUUUUAUUAAUAUUAAUACAUAUUUAGAUGAAAUGGCAUGAGACAUGGUUACGAAGUAUUCAAGGAAAGUACUGUACGACACGAACUGAUGACGUGUUUUACGCUAGUAGAAAAGAGAGAUUUUUUGAACUGGUUUGUAUUUUAAAGCUGUAAACUACUAUAAUACACUAUGGUGAAAAAAA